AUGUUCUAUCCAUAUAGUUAUAGCAACUCCAACGUUUCUGCGAUGCCUCUGCUGCCGGGAAUCUCUGCAUUUGAUAGAAUUCCGGACGAAGAAAAUGUUGAGGUAAAUGCAGAAAGAAAAUACCAGACGCUCCUGCCUGUUCUAACCAAUUCCCAUGUGGUAGAGAAUGAAUUAAAGCACAAGUUAAACAAGACGGCUUUUGAUUUUCAAUAUGAAACUAAAUCAGAAGACGGUUCUGAAAACUUGGAACCAAAAUACUUAAUAACGCCGAAUUUACAGAUGAGAAGCGUCUCCUUCGAUAAUUCAUCAAUACAAUAUAAUUCAGACUCGUCAGACAAAAGCCCUCUAUCUCAACUGAACUGCAAUUCAUCGCUAAUACGGCAAACCGAUAAUGGAAUGAUUUCUAACGAUGAAUAUAGUAAGUUGACGAAGAGUAGGUACUCUUUGAAAACGCGAAAGCAAAGGACAGAUCCAAGAAACACAUUAUCAGAUGAGGAAGACCUCGAGCAAAGACGCAAAUAUAUUUGCAAAAUUUGCGCGAGAGGAUUCACCACAUCAGGUCAUCUAGCAAGACAUAAUAGAAUUCAUACUGGCGAAAAGAAUCAUUGUUGUCCGUAUAAGGGCUGCACUCAAAGAUUUAGUCGACAUGACAAUUGUUUACAGCAUUAUAGAACGCAUUUAAAAAAGGGACAAUAA